CUUGCACACUGAGUUGCCCCUUCUCUCUUCCUUUUUCUAGAAUUCUCAGCUUUUUGUUCUUGGGGUUUUCUUAACCUUUUCUUUUCUCAGCUGAAAUAUUAUUUUUAUAGGGCUCUUAAAUUUAACCACCUUGUGUGUGUACUCUAUCAUCUACACACCACCCUGCUACUGAAACUUUCACUGCUAUUCUUUCUCUCUCCCUCUCUCAAAAUCUGUCACUGAAAAACUUUAUAUAGAAAGGAGAGGGUUAACAAAAAACAAUCUUAUUGUCUUAAUUUCACUCAUGUUUUGGUUUCUCAGCUGUUGAAGGUUUUAUAUAUUUAUAUAAAGCAUGGCUGAUUGAGGUGCAGAGUUGUUUCAGACAAGCAAUCCAUGGUUAGAUAGCGACUUGGAGAAUAACCCAUCAUCAUCAGUAUCAUCAUCUUCUUCACGAGAUUUGGCUUUUGGCACCAAAUGAAUGAUAAGCCCUUUCUGUAUAUCUACAUGUCACUGCCACUACCUGUUUGUUCAUAAAGCUAUGUUUAGUUUUUGUGUCCAGGGCUGGGGUAAGGGGAUUCUUUAUUUCUAGGCUACCUUUUUUCUUGUUGUUUCUUUCAGAGGUGUAAAGUGGUCACUCUUCAACUGCAGCAGCAGUUAAUAAGCAAGUUAAAAAAACAAGACAUCAAACAAGGGAGAGAGACUUGUUCUUCUUUCUUGGAGUUUUCUUGUUUCCCAGAUAUGUUCCCUGCGGCUAUAUCCAAUUCUACAUCUUUGUCUGAGGAAGCUAGUGUUUCUUCUAUUACAAGGGUUCAAGACUUAGGUAGCUUAAAUUCCAUUGUUUCAACCAUUUCCCCUCACCAGCCGCCACAACAGAAUGUAGUUAAGAAGAAGAGAAACCUCCCAGGGAACCCAGACCCAGAUUCUGAAGUGAUUGCUUUAUCACCAAAGACACUAUUGUCCACCAACAGGUUUGUAUGUGAGGUCUGUAACAAAGGUUUCCAAAGGGAUCAAAACCUUCAGCUCCAUAGAAGAGGCCAUAACCUUCCAUGGAAACUGAAACAAAGGAGCAAAGAGAUGAAAAAGAAAGUCUAUGUUUGCCCUGAGCCUACAUGUGUCCACCACCAUCCUUCAAGAGCAUUAGGUGACCUUACUGGGAUCAAGAAACACUUUUGCAGGAAACAUGGAGAGAAGAAAUGGAAGUGUGAGAAAUGCUCAAAGAUCUAUGCUGUUCAAUCAGAUUGGAAAGCUCAUUCUAAGAUUUGUGGAACCAGAGAAUACAGAUGUGAUUGUGGAACCCUUUUCUCAAGGAAGGAUAGCUUCAUAACCCACAGAGCGUUUUGCGAUGCAUUGGCUGAAGAAAGUGCAAGAUUCUCAGCCAACCACCUUCCCUCCGGCGCCGCUGCCGCCGUCUCCGCCGCCAAUCCACGUCCGUCUCUUCGUUAUUUUCCAUCCCAAUCCAACUGCGACCCAUCUUCUCUUUCCCCAUUCCAAACUCAUAUCGCUUUCCAGCCAUGGCUGGAACCUACUCAAACCUGUAACCCUAACCCUAAUAAUAAUCCACUUCAUAUCAAGCCCCAGUCUUACCAUUUCGUGCCGUUGUUCCAAGAACAGGCGCCGCCACCUCCAAAGGCCUGCAUCACCUCACCCUACCAGAACCUCCUCCCUGUCGGCAAUAACACUUCCUCUACUGUUGCCAUGUCGGCCACCGCACUCCUCCAAAAAGCUGCCACCGUUGGUGUAACUGCUACGAAGAUAAACAACAAUAACAACAAUAAUAACAGCAACAUGGCGAGUUAUGUCUCUUCGGAUAUGUUUGGUUUCGGAGGUGGAAACAUGGCGGCGGCAUGGCAGAAGAGUAGCAACCACUUCACGAGGGACUUCCUAGGUUUGACCGGAGACCAACAUCAGCAUCAUGGGAGUGGCAAUGGGAACGCUAACGUUAGCAUGAACAUGAGGGAGGUUCUAACCUACGCCGGGGGAGUGGAGUUGCAGCAGUUUGAGAGAGACCACUCGCUGUUGAAACCCCAAGGUUCUGGAUUCGAUGAGCCUGCCUCGGAAACAUGGGGUGAUUGAUUGUCGAAGGCAAAUAAAAUAAAAAUAAAUGAUAAUGCCAAAAAUGCCCUUCUCUAUGUUUAGCAAAAAAAGGAAAAUUUGAGUUUGAGUUUCCAAAAAGGGAAAACAAAAGUAGUUUUCUUGCAUUUUGUUUAAAUUAAUGUCUUUCUUUUUAAUCCAAAAUUGAUAUCCGUAUUUAAAUAAAUUUAAA